GCUGGUACAACCACAAUCACGACGUCUGCUCAGUAGUGAUCGAGCCAGUGCCCUUGUUGGAUGUGUGGCGCAGGUCAUCCCUGUCAGUCAGACCCUCUUUUUUCCUCCUCCUCCUCCCGAAUCUCAUCGGCGCUCUGCAGCAUCGAUCCUAGCUCCUGAGUCCCACGUGCGCUUCUUGCCUCGCUUGAGAUUCUGCCACUAGAUGGUGCCAGCGCCCCCAUUACCAACUCCGUGCAGUUGCUAAAACGAGUUCAUCACCGAAAGCCGUUCAAACUUCCACAAGAGUGAUUUCACAUGAAUCCCUACAGAUCGCAUAGUACAAGAUGGCAUCGACCGCGCUGAACUCGAGGUCCAUAGAAGCCAUGGUGACGUCGCGCCCAGAGACCAGCAACGCAACGUCUCCAAUGAAUGGCCAAGACGUGCCCUCGUCGUACCUGGCUCAGUACACCGCUACUCUUGAGGAUUUUGCCCGUAGAAAUGCCGAAAACUUGAUGAAUGCGUCGUCAGUGAUAAGAAGCGGGUCCCCUCAGGGCGAUGAAGUGACUACUGAAGACGAGGAUGGAAGUGGUGACGACAACAGCUCUGGAGGACACAAGAGUUCCAUUGCCUCGCCUCUCGACUCGGCCAAAAAGCGCCGCAAACAAAGCAAGCCUAGUAAAAUUGGAGGAUCCGAUGGAGGCAGCGUUAAAAGUGAAGAAGUGGACAAGGAAGAACUUGACAAAAUGCGUGAUAAUAUUCUAUAUGCUUCCCCAAGAAAUGCCAACGAUGAAAUUCGUGGAAACAAUAUCGAAGAAGGGGGUUCAACUUUAAAGUGCCCGCAUUGUCAAGUGGCGGUGCAUACCCACGAGGCUUUACGUAAUCACAUAAUUGAAGAACACAUUGGUCGGAUGCUUACGGAAGAUGAAAUACUCAUGCGUCAUGCUCAGAUGACCAAUCAGAAAAUACUGCAGGAACAACAGCAACAGCAAUUUCAGCGCUACCAACAACACGUCUUAGCUGAAACUCUUCGAAUACAGAAUGAACAGAAUGAAAAACGAAGAGAAAAGGAACAUAUUAAAGAAAAGCAACAGCAACAACAACAGCAGCAACAACAGCAGCAACAACAACAACAGCAGCAAGAUCCUCAAACAAGCAUACACAAUCAGAAUGAGAGAAUGCCACUGAAUCAUCAUAUGCUCUCACACCCGCUGCACCUGCAGCAUCAACAGCGCCAGCAGCAGUCAGAACAGCAGCACAGUGUAUACGAAAGAGAAGAAGGAGAAACUGGCCCGUUGAACCUUAGCAGUACUCGAUGGGAUAACAGAUCUAAUCCUACCCAAGAUCCACAACGAAGUCCGGUCACACCUCUGCCCGCGUCUAUUCCAAUGCCCCCUUCGUUCGUUGAUGCCCGUUUCAACCUACCCGGCCUUUUACCUUUCGGACCUCCCCCGUUCCUGCUACCCUUCAUGCAGCAAGCCGAUAGAGAAAAUCCUCUAGUUAGUCCGGGGCAAACCGGUUUCCACCCAGGACAGUCACGAAUUUUUAAUCAAGAAGCGUUCUGUGACCUCUGCAACAAAGAAUUCUGUAACAAGUAUUUCUUGAAAACUCACAAAGCUAACAAACAUGGUAUUUUUACUCCAGAACCAAGCUGCUCGCCUAUGCCACCGACACCUCCAAACCCAAUUGGGCAGUCAACUCCUCUGAACUCCAACGCAUCCCUUAUGGCACCCCUUGUUCAUUCCCCAAUGACCCCAACGUCAAUGGGGGGAUCACCUUAUGCAGGAGCCUUUUUUACCGCAAAUUUGGGGAAUCUCGCUGCUCUACGUCCUCCUCUUCCAAUUCAGAUUCCUCUAACUCCAAAAUCACAGUCUUCUUCUUCAAAAAAUGAUUCUUCUUCGAUCUCAAAAUCUGGUGUUAUCAACUUAGAUGCGUAUUGCGAAUUGUGCCAAAAGGAGUUUUGUAACAAAUAUUUUCUGAAACGUCAUAAGCUAAAGAUACAUGGCGUCAAUAUUGAAGUAACUAUCAAAGCCCCGAAAACUAAUCCAAAUCUUGAUCGACCUGAGGGUUGGUGUGACGCGUGUCGACGAAACAUCGGAUCGAGGUCGGCUUUGAAUGCUCACAAACUCCACGUACACGGGCCGCAUAUAGUUAAUCAUAUGCCGCCGGCCACAGACGCGACCAUUCGACAUCCUUUGGAUUUUAGGCCUCAUGACACUCUGCCUGCCAAGCCUCGGAAACUUGAAAGGGAGUCGAAGGAUAAUUUCAGUCCGUGGGAUACCAUGAUGAGAGAUCGAGAAGCUCUCGACGAACGACUGAUCUGGAACAAAAAACCUAAAUCAUUUGAUGGUACCUCUCCUCGAAAUGAAGAAGUCAACGGCGCAAAUGAAGGAAAAGCUCUUCCAGAAAAUAUUUCUUUCGACAGAAAAGCAAACUCUCAUUUUUCAUCUCCAGCUUCAUCGGAGUCUUUCUUCAAGAGUGCGAACCCCAGAAUGCUUAUUAACGAUCAUAUGUUUUCACAAUUCAAUGAAAUACGCAAGAUAAAAUUGCCCCAAACCAAUGGCGAAACGGAGAUUAUUCCGAGCGAGCUUGAAGUUAAAGUGGAAGCUCAGUCAGUCGACAAUAAUCAAUCGCCGCCGAAAGAACGAGUAGAUUCCGAAUGUGACCCUCCCAUGCCAGUGUUGAAACCACAGAACGGAAACGAGAGGGAGAUGGAUACAUCGCUCGAGACCAACGAAUUUGAAGACAGGGCACCCCCAGUUUUAAAAGAACAGGCUGUUCCGCUUAAUAGAACUCAGGAUGAAGAAAUGCAGGAGCCUGGGCAGCUAACCACGGAACCGCCAAGAACCCCAGGUGGUGUAAGUAACUCCACGGAUGACAGUUCCAGGGAAGCGGGAAUCAUAGCGCGUGUGGGACAACCGGCCAUUGUACAAGCGCCUCCAGGAACAAAAUUUACCACAGAACAGCUUCGUCAACUGGGGGUAAUCAAUCCUGAUGCAUUUUGUGAACUAUGCUGCAAAGAGUUUUGUAAUAAAUAUUUCCUUCGCACGCAUAGAUUGAAGAAACAUAAUAUAUAUACGCCAGAAUAUUCCGAGCGCUCAAAACAACAUUACAAGCUAGAAAAUCCUACUAAUCUUUCCCGGAUUUUCGACAGGCAAUCGUUUGAUUUCCGACCUCCAAAUAUAAAUGGCAUGGAUUCAGAAACCGAAUGUAAUAUAUGCAGACGCCCUUUCCCAAGCCCUUAUCUCCUGCAUAUGCACAAAUUUUAUUUUCAUAAGCCAGGUUCAGAAGCCAUGCAAGGUGAAAAUAUUCCAAUGCCUGAGCAUUUACUAUCUCAGGAACAACUGCGACAAAUCGCUAUUCAGGCCCAUCAUCAAAAAAUACAUGAACAUCAUCAGUUUUUGAUGCGCCAGCAAAAGCACAAUGAAACUCAAAUGCAAAUGGAACAGCCAAAGUGCGAAGAGAAAUCACCAACUCGCGAUAAUAUACCAACUUUUUCUUCGGGCCUUCCAGAGGAAAAUUCCAAAAUUCAGGAGCAAAUCUCAGCAAAUGCUUCUUCCAAUGAAACUUUUGACAAAUCUCCAGUCGUGAACACUUGCUCUCUUGAAAAUAAACCUAUCGAAGGAUUAAGGCUGAUGAAAACUCCAGAUGAGCUAAGAGACCACACUAGUCACUCACUAAGUGGUGAAGCAGAUACAAGUCAAGAACUACGUAAGCUUCAAUCAAUGAUCCUAGAACUCAAUCGUCACGGCGACGAAGGAAUCGUUUGUAAAGUGUGCCAGAAAGAAAUCGGAAACAAGUAUUUUCUACGGGCUCAUAUGAUGACUGAACACGGAAUCUUGCUUCAAGAUGACCACGUUAGGAGUGAGUCGGCGCAAACUCCAAAAACUCCUUUUGAUGUCGGUGGGAGAAUUCCAUCCCCUCUGAGCUCUCCUUCAACCGAAAGUCAAGCUUAUUGUGACAUCUGCAAAAAAGAUUUUUUCUCCAGGUAUAUUCUACAACAGCACAUGCUCAGCACUCACGGGGUUUUCACACAACAUCCGGGUCACACACUUUUCUUUGAUCGAAUCAAGGCCGAAAUAGAAGGGAAAGAAGAACGAAAACCUCAAUCGGUUUCACGCUCAUAUUGCGAUAUCUGCAACAAAGAACUUUGUAAUAAAUACUUUAUGAAAACACAUAUGUUAAAAAUGCACGGAAUUAAUGUUGAAAAUGGAACAGCAGGUGGCGUGACUUGUGAUUUAUGCAAUAAAGAACUAUGCAGUAAAUAUUUUUUGAAAGUUCACCGCCAAAACACGCAUGGCCUGGUCGAAGACAUGAGAGACGGCAAAGACUUGAAGGAUUUAUCGUUCAAAGACUGCAGAGAAAGUGAUGAGAAUCCAGAAGACCCAACCGCAAUUGAAAUUUGUCCUCUAUGCAAUAGGAAAUUCAAAAACAUCAAAUGGCUGCGCACCCACUUAACGCAAGACCACGGCGAAGAGGGCAAAACCAAAUGGGAGGAAAUGGAACCUAACUUACCCCCAAUUGACAAUCUGAAUCAGAACUGCCCCAACUGCAAUAUAUGCGGUCAGUCUUUGCCAGACCUAGUUAGUUUACAACUCCAUAUCAUAAAGCAUCAUGGUGGCGAACAGAAUGAAGACAUGUCGGACGAUGAAUCCAGUAUAAAUAUUCAUUGCUCAACAUGUUCUUUCGCCUGCCGCAGCCCGACUUUACUUGCAGCGCAUGAACGGAGUCACAGCCCGGGACAGUCACUUAAGAGUAGCCUUUCAAAUUCUGGAAGCAUGUUCCAGUGUGAUAUUUGUUCUCAAAUGCUCCCAAACAUAGAAAUGCUUCAACAACAUUUGAUCGGACAUCGACUUCAAGGGUUAUUUGAGCCUCUAUUGACUAAGGAAGUCUCUAAGGAGGAAAAUGACUUUAUGCGAUCUGUUUUCAACUCACGGAAAAAAAUCUGCAAGCGCUGGAAGUGCAAAAAAUGUGCAAUAAGCUUCAAAAAUCGCAGUAGUUGCUUGGUACACGUGUUCAGUAAGCAUUCCAAUCGACCUAACCGUCACUCCGUCAUGACGAAGACCCUGUGGGGAAAGAAGGCCUUCAAGUGCCGCAAGUGCGGAGUUUCACGGCGGCGGCUAGGAAGCCUACUUAAACAUUUCCGCAUACACUGUAAAAAUAUCAAACAGCCAGUUAGUUUACCAAUAACACAAGCACAGCCCUACGACACGAAUGACUCUAAUCACGAGUUUUUGAUGCAAUCAUUCUUGAUGAAUAGGGGCCACAGCGGGGACGCCGAAGAGCCUUUUGUUCCAUCUCUGGUGAGACUCCCAGUUUCUAGGCGGGUACAUCAGCCUCUUACUGUGUCAUUCACGUUGACACCCGCUUAAAAAACUGGCUUCUGAAGAAGCUACAACUGCGUUAACUUUGGAAGAACUUAUCAUAUAGUGACCGACCACUGUUUUAUGGGAAUAAAAACUGACGUAUGUAUAUUGUCAAUUAUAUAUACUUUUGGUGACACUUUGAUGAGAAGAAGCUCUCGAUGUUCCGUGAAGAUCAGAACUCAUUUUGACAUAUCAUAGCUGAUUGAGAAGCUCACCUACAUUUGACAUUCACAACUAUUAAGUGACAUGUUUUUUGGCAUUUCGUCCAGGUGUGUUGAUAUUUGUUCCCGGAAACGUCUAUGUAUAUAGGUAAAGCUUUCGCUACUACAUCUGUGUGACUGUAAGGUUUUUUGGUGAUGUCUGAGCUACAUGCUUGUAGUGGCAUCAUAUUAUUACUAAAUAUAGACGGUAGCUAGAAAUGCUGAGCGUUGUGUGGGGUAUUAUUAAACUUCCUGGCGUGGAAAAUGAGUUCCUGGUAGGUAUAAGACAACUUAUAAUGGUACUAGUACUGUACAUUAAAUUCCAUGUCGGUAGAAAUUUGAGUGGCGUGUUGAUAAGAAGAAUUAAUCUCUAAACUAAUUGAGAAGGCGUUCAACGUACAAGCAAGCACGAUACGCCUCUCAAAAUUCAGCGUUGCUUCGGCGGCAGUGAUUCUGAUGAGGAAAAUUGCUGGUUGUUUCAAUUUAAUGUUCAUAUUCUAGUCAGAGUUGAGGUGCUUCUUCGAAAAUAACCUAGAUUAAUAAGUAUGUAUUUUCUAUAAUUUAGACGAGUUUCUGGCUGAAAUUUUUACAGAGAGUAAAAUCAGGACCACCCCGAAAUUUUAUCCAACUUAACUUUCGACAAAAAAUUCGAUCAUUUAUUGUGUUGGCUUUUGUUAAAAAAUGAAAUUUAAAUUCUCUUUAUUGUAGUUAUUCCUGAAAUAGGUUAGGUACAUUGCUCCAUGCAUUUCCAAAUAAAAUUAUUUCUAUGUUACGUAUAAAUGAUGUAGAGACCUCAAGAAUUCCACAUCUAUCUAGUCAUACAAACAAGGUAUAUGUAUAGUGAAGUAGUUGUAUAUGUUUGAAAAGUGACUUGCAAGAAGUAACCUAAUUAUCAUCUAGAUAUUAUUGUUGUUUGAGAAAACCAUUACCACGUAUUCUUCCAAAGCCUAAGAAGUUUUGUUGAAGUUCUCUGCCUUGUUAUUUUCAAGAUUGUUUAGAUUUGGAAGUUCAAAUGCAACCUUGUGUUUAGUGAAGGUUGUGAAAAAUGUGACUAUCUUAGAUACGUGACAUUCUAAAUUACUAUUCCCUACGGGAAUAACCUAACCAUAUGGCUUUUUAUAGUCAUCCUUAUUUACAAUUACGUGGUUCGUGCAUGAAGAUGUAAUUAACUUUAGAUUUUAGGUUUCUUCUGAUUAAAUCUCCGAAAAUUCUUUGGCAUUCAAUUUGUUGACCUCUAAUUUUCUAAGUCAAAGUUUUAAUUUGACAUAUGAAAUGUUUACUUUUAAUUUCCUUAAAUAUUUACCGUGAAAUUAUGUAGUGGCUGAAAUGCUAGCUUCAAAUAAAUAUUGUUUUGUUAUGAAAUUAAUUUGUUGUUUUCUAACGAGAAACAGAAUUCAGUAGCAUACAUUCAGUCGAGGAGAUUCAUGACAUAAUGGCCGGGAAGAAUUAUUUUUUUAAUCAAUAUCGCAUUGCGACGAUCUGUGUCAAGUCCCAUGGUUUGAUAAAAGUCGAUUUAUUGAUGCCGUUGAUAGAUGUGACAACAUGUAAAAAGGUAGCUCAUAAUUAACAUGCAGAUCUUGAGAUUCGUGAAUGGAGCAUUCGUGUCAUAAAUCUCAAACCGUUACAACUAACGUUUGUUUGUAAAAUAAUUUCGUGCUUUGUUUGGGUUUUCCUCAUAUCUUGCAGAUUUCCUCAUAUCUUUCAGUCGGUGUUAUUUGCAAGAUAAAUUAGAAUACGAACAGCUUUUCUUUGGUAAAUAAUUAAUUCUAACUGCAAUUAUAUUUUUCCACGCAUAUUGUGACGACGAUUCGAUCGACUUGUGGCAGGAUAACAAGCGUAAAGAAUAAAAAUAUGCACUAGAAACAAAAGGGCGUAUGAAAUUUAUCCAUGAGAAAUUACGGUUUCCUGCAGCGACUGUCAUUAUUCAGCACAUUCCAGCCUCCACUAUAUACUCGCUCUACAGAAAAUGUCUAACUUCAAGCGGUCUAAGGAAACGCUAUUAGUCUUAUAACAGUAAAGUUAUAUCGUAAAUAUUGCUUUUGAGGCCUACUCGUAUACAUCUGAAGGUUUUAUUUAAAAAAUUAAGCCGAUAAAAUGUGUUUUUCAAUCUACUCAGUUUAAAACUAUAUAUUUCCACCGUUUUACUGCUGGAAAAUCAUUAGCCUUAGCAUUCGUUCUAUGACAUUCAAUGGCCAGCCCGACAUACAUAACAUUCCAAAUACGUUAAUUAAACUGAUUACUCAUUGCCAGUAAUAUUUAUAACAAGCAAUUGCUAAAGGGAUAAUUAUGCAGCAUUUCUCAUCUCUUCAAUCACGACCUCGUGCUGUUUCUUGCUCAUAAAUUUCAGCCAGACAUGGAUGCGCAACGUGAAAUAGAUGUUCGUAACUGCAAUUUGUGUCAUAUGUCUUUUGUUUAAUGAAGAUCUGUUUAAGCUAUUAAUAUUAUGUAAUUUAUACUUUAUUGUUAAAAUGUGUCUAAAGCGAUACGUACAUAAAAGUCAUAAUG